AUGGGUGAUUACUACCACCACUUCUUGACCUCCAUGGCUGGAGUGGUUGCCGGAAAGGGACACGCGAAUGCCUUUACCCAGAUCCUCCACCCGCCAAAGGUUCCCCAGCACCGAGCACCACAAGAUGUGGACGACGAUGUCAGCCGGAGCACCAAGCUCGAAACAAUUCCAGAUGAGGAUGAAGACGUCAACCAGAUUCCGAACUUUUCUGAACGACCGACAUGGUCGCGCGCGACAUCGACGGGGACCUCCAUCAACCAAAUUUCGCGAGCUACACGGCAAACCUCGGAAUCGCCGUCUGCGGACGGUAAUGUGAGCUCCCCAUCAAACUCGACCAGGACUAGCAGCACACAUACCGCAACAACACCACUGGCCGUGGAUAACCCGACCCUCUCGACCACCUCGUUUCCCGACUGGACUCACCUAUCUCCAGGUGUACAGCGGUACAUGGACUACUUCUACAAACAUAUGGAUCACCACAACUAUUGUAUUGUGCACGAUGGCGACAACUUCUUCCACGGCAUCCUACCAAACUUUGCCUUGCAGAACGAAGCGCUCUUGAAUGCUAUUGUCGGAUUCUCAGCCUAUCUUUACUCGCUGGAGCACAACCCCAACGGCAAGAUGUGGGAGUUUCUCCAGUACUAUAACAGGGGCGUGACGCUGUUGCUGGCCUCCUUAAAGAGGAAGGAGAAGCCAGAUAUUGGAACGCUCCUUACGAUCUUGCAGCUAGCCACUAUUGAAGAGUACCUUGGUGACUGGAUCAACUUGAUGGGGCAUCAGAGGGCAGCUUGCGACAUCAUCACCAGGCUUUUCACCCCGCAGACAGCCGUACAAACCCCCUUGGGGAGAAUGGUUCUCACGUGGUAUUCUCGGUUUGAUACCUUUGUAGCUAUGAUGGGCGGCUUUCCGACUGCGCUUGGGCAAGAGUGGUUCACACACCACAUCGACUAUGCACGACAUCAGCAAUUGUCUUCCGACGAGGAGCAACGUUCUUUCCACUGGAAAGCAGAGACACAAUACGCAGGUUUGCGCUUGCUCUCCAGAGAGAUGUCUAUGCUAUAUGCCCGAAUCACCAGGGGGCAGAUGACACCGGAGGAAUUCGAGACGGCUCAUGCGCAGACGUUGCAGCGACUUCGGGACUGGAAGGUCCAGCAGGACGCCGAACUUGAGGACCCGGCAAGCCUUGUUACAGACUUUUCUUGGGCACCAGUACCUGACGAAGCUGAUAUUGUCAGCCCCUUCUCGCCGGGAAUGCUCUACGAUCACCCGAAAUUGUCAACGACGUUUUUGACCGUCAUCUGGCUGUCCAUGAUCAUCAUGCACCAAUGCCAGUCACCCACUUCGGACCGCGAUCGGUUGUAUAGCGAGCUAGCAGGCCACGCAUACCACGUAUGCACGAUCUUCGAGCUGAUCCAUCAUUGGCCCAACAGCCCAAAAGGUGGUCUUCUACCACUGGAAGCGCCCCUUGCCAUCAGUGCGUUGUUCGUCCCGCAGGAUGCGAAGCACCACGUGUGGUUUAGGCGCAGGUUUGCUUUAAUGGAGACAAAGGGAUAUAUCCAUCCUGUCAAGGUGCGAAGCCAGAUGGGCGUACUAUUUGGUGCACCUGAAUGUGAGCGUUGGUGGCUACCCAACGAUGAGGGGUUCAGUCCUCUGCUCCAGGCGAUUCGCAACCUGGCUGACGAACGUAACGCUACCGCCAUCAAUGCGCAAGAGGAAAAUCUGCGCGAUGUUCGACACAUCUUCACUAAAAUGCAGUUGGCCGAAGGUCAACAGACGACGUAAGACGACGUAAGAGGGGUGCCGAUGUCAUUUACUUCUUGAAUGACUACAAACUUCCAGGCUGUGCUUGGAGAGGCGCCAUGACGAUGACGAUGCAUAGACACGCAUACCUGCGUGCGGUGGUGUUCAAAUGAGCAAUAGAGAAAUGCUGCGUCAACUGCAUUGCCCACAAGUGGCUGGAUAUUAUUUGCAAGGGAACCCUGCCAGCUCGCCUUCGGGGGAAGGGGGGGAUAUGAGACGCUAGAAACAUCUUGUGCGAGAUCAAGGGUUGCAAUUGCAUAGAGCAUCUCAUCAUGAUCCUGCAGAAGAUGAGGGUAUGAAAUAUACUAGGCUAAUAAUGAUGGCGGACGGGGAAAUGACCUAUGCAUGAGGAAUAUCAUGUUACUGAUUGCGACCCAGCUCUGAUGCGGGUGAAAUUUUGGUGUCGUCGCAUUACAAUCAUCUACAGACAAACAUACAUGAAAGUGCAUCCCGGGGCAUGGAGUCACGGCUUGAAUCCUCUGAU